UGUAGCAUUUGUUCUGGAAGCCCGUAUUUACAUUUUAAGUGUAUCUGGUGAGUGGGCUGGAGCCCUUGUCUGGGCCGGGAAAAAAAAAAAAGCCCUCCGGUUCGUCUUUUAGUUGCUUCUCUUCUUUUUUUUCUCCGGAUUCUCAUCACUCCAACCAGCGCGACCAUGCCCAGGAAGAAGGCGGCGGCGGCGGCCUGGGAGGAGCCGAGCUCGGGCAACGGCACGGCCCGCGCCGGGCCCAGGAAGCGCGGCGGGAACUUGACAGAACCCACUGGCCGCCAUUCAUUUGUCUUCGGCAGUAGACCUGUAGAAUGUUCUAGCGAGGCCUGCCAGUUAAACAAAGAAGGGGAGAUAACCAGGGGAAACUCGGCUUCCAUUCAAAAACUUGAAGGGUCUAAGUGCAAAGGGCAGCUUUUGAUUUUUGGGGCAACCAACUGGGACUUGAUUGGUCGAAAAGAAGUGCCUAAACAACAAGCUGCCUACCGCAAUCUUGGUCAGAAUUUGUGGGGGCCCCACAGAUAUGGGUGCCUGUCGGGGGUCCGCGUGCGGACGGUGGUUUCGGGGUCGUGUGCAGCCCACAGCCUUCUCAUCACCACUGAAGGGAAGCUGUGGAGCUGGGGUCGAAAUGAGAAGGGACAGCUGGGACAUGGCGACACCAAGAGAGUUGAAGCCCCCAGGCUCAUCGAGGGUCUCAGCCACGAAGUGAUCGUGUCAGCAGCCUGUGGGCGGAACCACACCCUGGCCUUGACAGAAACAGGCUCCGUGUUCGCAUUUGGAGAGAACAAGAUGGGGCAGCUGGGCCUCGGCAACCAGACAGACGCGGUCCCAAGUCCUGCACAGAUAAUGUACAAUGGCCAGCCAAUUACCAAAGUGGCCUGUGGGGCUGAAUUCAGUAUGAUAAUGGACUGCAAAGGAAACCUCUAUUCCUUUGGGUGCCCUGAAUAUGGUCAGCUGGGACACAACUCAGACGGGAAGUUCAUCGCCCGGGCACAGCGGAUAGAGUACGACUGCGAGCUGGUGCCCCGGCGAGUGGCCAUCUUCAUCGAGAAGACGAAAGACGGACAGAUCUUGCCAGUCCCAAACGUGGUCGUGCGCGACGUGGCCUGCGGCGCUAACCACACGCUGGUCCUGGACUCCCAGAAGCGCGUCUUCUCCUGGGGCUUCGGCGGCUACGGCCGGCUGGGCCACGCUGAGCAGAAGGACGAGAUGGUCCCCCGCCUGGUGAAGCUGUUUGACUUUCCCGGGCGCGGGGCGUCCCAGAUCUACGCCGGCUAUACCUGCUCCUUCGCCGUCAGUGAAGUGGGUGGUCUGUUUUUCUGGGGGGCCACCAACACGUCCCGUGAAUCUACCAUGUACCCAAAGGCCGUGCAGGACCUCUGUGGCUGGAGAAUCCGGAGCCUGGCUUGUGGGAAGAGCAGCAUCAUCGUGGCUGCGGACGAGAGCACGAUCAGCUGGGGCCCGUCACCCACCUUUGGGGAACUGGGCUAUGGGGACCACAAGCCCAAGUCUUCCACCGCAGCUCAGGAGGUGAAGACAUUGGACGGCGUUUUCACAGAGCAGGUUGCCAUGGGCUACUCACACUCCUUGGUCAUCGCGAGAGAUGAAAGUGAGACCGAGAAAGAGAAGAUCAAGAAACUGCCAGAGUAUAACCCCCGCACCCUCUGACUGUCCCGGAGUCCCCACUCCACCUUUCGCGGCAGCUGUCAUUUCCAUGUGCACUGGGACGGGAAGUCAGAACGAGGAAUUUAAACGAGCAAAAGUCGACCGAAGGUGCAUUUUUGUUAGACUCCCUGAGGUUCCGUUUUAUAAGUGAUCCAACGUCAACUACCUUUUCUGUACGCUUUCCAAAGUGUUUUUUCUCUCUAAAUGUUUAAUUAAAAUAUUUGCUCAUAGUUGACUUAACCAUUCCUACAAAAGAGGCAGAAACUUUGAGCAAUCUAGGUUUUUUUAAGUUUUCCUUUUUCCCCCACCCCUCUCCUAAAUCUACUUCUCAAAACUCCCCUUUACAGUCAUAAUUAGCAUUGUGAUCCGGGUGGGUGCUACCUGGGAGAGGAGUCCCCAUUUACUCAAAAAAAAAAAGAAAAAACAACGUUCCUUACGGGAACCGGCAG